UUCCAAGUCUUUUUCAUUUUCCAAAUCUAAGGAGAAAAAAUUCAAACAAUUAUUCACUUUUCUAAACCAUCGGCAUGAUAUUGUCUCCUCCAAAGAAAAAAAAUGUUUGUAUCAUCUGUCCUUAAAUUCAAGUUCAAAUACACUAGAAGUGAAUUUCAGUGGAACCUUCUGAACAACUAUCUGGUAUUAGUUUCUUUGACCCUCCCCUAAUUGACGUUGGGAAUAGUUGUUAUUGGCAUAUAUUAAUUCUUGAAGGCAGCUGAGGUUUCAAUGUGGAAAACGGAAUACAUAUCGAUAAUUGAAAUAUCUAAUCUAGGACUGAUGCUACUUUUGGAAACACUCGACUUCAUAAUCUCCUUAACAAUGUCAUUUUCCAUGAGCCAUUCUAAAUUUAGAAUCCGAAUCUAUCAAAGUUAUUGCCUUGCAUUCACUCUUUUCAUCUGUCUAUGGGUUUCGGACAAUAUUUUACGUAUUUUGUGGUUAACCAGAAUUUUUUUUUACCUUCUUUGCGUUAUAAAGGUAAUUCAUUGGUAUUUGGUAAUCCCUAAGAAAAUGGCGGGAAUCAGAUACAGAAAGUAUAAAUAUAUCAUCCGGCAAGAGUUUCUUAGUUUGUUUGGAAAUGGCAUCCUAUCUUCAAUUAACAAGUCUCUACUGUGUUUUAUUUAACAUUCUAGGGUUUGGCCAUGGAAAGUCGAUUUCUGUCUUGCAUCCAAAUCGUCUGAUCAUAGGCGGAAAUGACGCAAAGAGAUAUACGUGGCCUUGGCAAGCUGGGCUUCUGAUAGCAGACAACUUUAUAUGUGGCGGCACUCUAAUAGAAUAUGAUGUCGUACUUACUGCUGCUCAUUGUCUGUUGGGGAGAAGUAUUGAUGCCUAUAAAGUGGUGGUUGGAGAGUAUGACAGGUCAAUCGCUGAAGGUGCAGAACAAUUCAUACAAGUUUCCGGAUUUCAAGUUCAUCCAGAUUUCAAAGGGAACUUUCUCGGUGGAUUUGAUGUGGCAUUGUUGUAUUUAGCGAGGAACGCUAGUAAUAGCAGAAACGUUAAGACCAUUAGGUUAGCGGAAGAGGGAGACAUGGAAACAUCCAAGAUGUCGAAAUAUAAGUGUUUUAUUACAGGAUGGGGAGUCAAAAGUGUAGAUCAAAAAGGAGAAUUACUGGCAAAUAAACUUCAAGAAGCAGAUAUUGAAGUCAUUAGCAUCAAGAAAUGCAACUCGAAGCGCUACUGGAAUGGGCUUGUGAAAGACACCAAUAUAUGUGCAUUUUACAAGAACACUGCAGCGUGCGAGGGGGACAGUGGAUCACCUCUGGUUUGUAAGUGGAGUGGAUCAUUUGUUUUGGCGGGUGUCACCUCUUGGGGGUCCAGCACGUGCAGGAAUUAUCCCACUGUUUUUACCGAUGUUGCCAAAGUCAGUUACUGGAUUAAAGCCAUGGUAAAAUCUCGGAGAGAAACACAUUGUGCAAAGGAAAACACAACUGCUGUAAAUUUUAUCUCAAAACUAGGAUUUAAAAAUUGACAUUAUGUAAACGUAUGUAGAAAGAGAUCGAAAACUACGACAAUUUUCUCCAGAUGAGAAAAGCUGUGAAAGAAAACAAUAAACAA